CACCGAUUGUACUUAAAGCCGGUCUCGAAUCAAGACGAGCUCAUUGUGAACCGCCGCUAGUUGGCGAUCGGUCGAUUCCCGAGUAUUCGUGUCAUUCGUUGCAAAAUGUUGAGGAUCUUUCUGUGCGGUUUCAUUUUACAAUACGCUCUGCAAAUCAAUGCUGACGGCCUCUAUUCGGUGGUUGGGCCUGGCACCAUCCGAUCCAACGCCAAGUACAAUGUCGCCGUUUCUAUCCACAAGGCAGAUGAUUCCAGUCGGAUAAAAGUCAGUCUGAAUGGACCCUCCUACAAUGAGACCAAGGAAUUGAUGGUGUCCUCCAUGUCCACCGAGGUCGUGGAGUUUGAGGUGCCCAAACUGGCCAACGGCGACUACAACCUCACUGCUGAGGGAAUAUCCGGUGUUGUGUUCAAGAAUACGACCAAACUGAAUUAUGCGGAUGUGAAGCCUUUGACCUUUAUUCAAAGUGAUAAGGCCACCUACAAGCCCGCUGAUCUUGUCCAAUUCCGUAUUCUCUUUCUGGACGAGGACACUCGACCUGCCACAAUUGAUAAACCAAUAUCCGUUGUAAUCACAGAUGGAGCCCAGAACAGGAUUAAGCAGUUUACUGAUGUGAAAUUGACCAAAGGUGUCUACUCCGGGGAACUCCAGUUGUCCGAGCAACCUGUUCUGGGGACCUGGAAGAUCUCCGUCAGUGUCGAUGGUGAUAACAGGGAGACCAAGACUUUCGAUGUGGACAAGUACGUCCUGCCGAAAUUCGAGGUCAUCGUAGACACAGCCAAGGAUGUGGUACAAGCAGAUAAUGUGAUCAAGGCCACAAUUCGCGCAAAAUACACAUACGGAAAACCAGUCAAAGGCAAGGCGACAGUUACGAUGGAACAGAACUACGGAUACUAUGGCGAUUCUGAACCUAACAAACAGGAGAAGACUAUCGACAUCGAUGGGAAGGGUCAUGUAGAGUUUGAUCUCAAUGGUCUCCGAAACAGCCAGUUCUCACCCCCCAUGAAACUCUUUGCUGUCGUCACCGAGGAAUUGACAGGCAACAAACAAAAUGCCUCCGCUACAGUUCGUCUCCACCAGCAGCGUUAUAUGAUAGAAAAUUUGGAAAAACCCGAUCAUUAUCAUAACAACAAGUCGUUUAUCUAUAGUGUUGUUGUGAAGAACGUAGAUGGGUCUCCAGUCACGGGUUCCACGAAAAAAGCCAAGAUAACCUUUCAGAAUGCGCACCGCUAUUGGGGACAGGUUCCCUCUGAGCCAGGCAUUAGUUUUGAAGCUCCUGUAGACGAGAAAGGCAUUGCCACAUUUCAAGUUACGCUGCCCGAAAAUGACUCUAGAUUCUACCGCAUAGUUGCCAAUUUUGGUGGGUCAGAGAGCCACGUCGGAACCAUCUCAAAGUUUGAACCAACCGUGCAGAGUAGUGAGCCAAUAAAGAUUCAGGUGAACACUAAAACGCCAAGAUUGGGCGAGCAAGUGUCUUUCGAUGUUAUAUUAAAUGAAGAAAUGUCCUACUUUGUUUACACUAUUGUGGGCAGAGGUAAUAUCCUGCUGAGUGAAACGAUCUAUGUGCCAAAGGGUCUUAGAACGAUCACUGUUAAGUUUAGACCUACAUUUAGCAUGGUGCCGAAGGCAACGGUUUAUAUUCACUAUAUCUUCAAUGGUGACCUUUACUUCGAAGAGAAAUCCAUUGAUUUUGAAAAAGACUUUCUUAACUCGAUUGAUAUUUCGGCUCCAGUGAGUGCCAAGCCCAGUGAAGAGGUCAAGUUACGGGUAAAAACCGAUUCCGACUCCUUUGUGGGUCUCCUGGGUGUGGACCAGAGUGUCUUGCUGCUCAAAUCGGGAAACGAUCUAAGCCGAGAUGAAAUCUUCAAUGGCCUUAACAAUUACCAAACAUCGACACCCUCGCAACGUGGCUAUGGACGUUAUCCUGGACAGACCUCCGGACUGGUGACCCUAACCAACGCCCACUAUCCCUACAGCACUGGCAUCCGCAGGAUUUUUUAUAGGCCUAGACCAUGGGGACACGGUGGUUUCAAUCACCAUCAUCAUUAUAGUCGAUCAUCGGCUUCCUCUUAUAGUUUUCGUGGGAUGAGCUUUGCUAAUAAAAUGCCAAUUGCUCCUUCAUAUUUUCCCCCGAGCACCACACCUGCGACACCUACAAGACCACCUGCUCCAAUUCGUAAAGAGUUCGCCGAAACUUGGAUGUUCACGAAUAAGACAAAUGUGGAUGACGGCGAGUUCACUUUAACCAAGAAGAUUCCGGAUACGAUUACCUCAUGGGUGGUGACGGGAUUCUCUCUGAACCCCACUUUCGGUAUUGCUUUGACCAAGAGCCCUAGCAUGAUUAGAGUAUUCCAGCCCUUCUUCGUGUCCACCAAUCUGCCGUAUUCCGUAAAGCGAGGCGAAGUAAUUGCUAUUCCGGUGGUGAUCUUCAACUACCUGGAUAAGACUGUCGAUGCGGAGGUAGUGAUGGACAACUCGGAUCAGGAGUACGAGUUCACCGAGGCAACCAAUGAGGUGUUGGAGAAGGCGAUCGAUGAGGUGCGCCGGGUCAAAAGGGUCACGAUCCCAGCCAACAGUGGCAAGAGUGUUUCAUUUAUGAUCCGCCCGAAGAACGUGGGAUCCACAACCCUGAAAAUCACGGCCACCUCUCCCUUGGCCGGCGAUACUAUCCACCAGAAACUGAAAGUGGAGCCGGAGGGCGUAACCCAGUUCGAAAACCGGGCAGUCUUCGUCAACCUGAAGGAUCAGCCGGAGAUGUCUCAGUCAUUGGAAGCCGAGAUUCCGAGCGAAGUGGUUCCUCAGUCAGAAUUCAUAGAGUUCUCUGUGGUGGGCGAUCUUCUGGGACCCACACUCCAGAAUCUCGACAACUUGGUACGCAUGCCCUACGGUUGCGGAGAGCAAAAUAUGGUAAACUUUGUGCCCAACAUCCUGGUGCUGAAAUACCUGGAGGUCACUGGUCGGAAACUGCCGGCCGUUGAGUCCAAGGCCCGGAAGUUCCUGGAGAUCGGCUAUCAGAGGGAACUGACCUACAAGCACGAUGAUGGCUCCUACAGUGCCUUUGGAAAGUCGGAUGCUUCGGGCAGCACCUGGCUUACCGCCUACGUGAUGCGGUCCUUCCAUCAAGCGGGAAAUUACACGGAUGUCGAUCCUAAGGUCGUCACUGCGGGUCUCGAUUUCCUCGUUUCCAAGCAGAAGGAGAGUGGCGAGUUCCCUGAGGUGGGAAAACUCUUUGACAAUGCCAACCAAAAUGCCCUGGCUCUCACUUCGUUCGUCCUUCUAGCCUUCUUCGAGAAUCAUGAACUGACGUCGAAGUACCAGUCGACGAUUGAGAAGGCAGUUCGCUAUGUAGCCGAGGAGACCGACAAGACGGACGACCAGUAUUCCCUGGCCAUUGCCGCCGUAGCCCUUCAACUUGCCAAGCAUCCGCAGGCAGAGAAGGUCCUGGCCAAGUUGGAGAACAUGGCCCGAAACGAAAACGAUCGCAGGUGGUGGACUAAGGCUCCGGAAUCUACUGGUGAAGAGGGCCGAUUCUUCCACUGGAAGCCUCGCAGCAACGACGUGGAGAUCACCUCCUACGUGCUACUGGCUCUCCUCGAAAAGGAUCCGGCGGAGAAAUCGCUGCCCAUUAUAAAGUGGCUGAUCUCACAGCGAAACAGCAACGGAGGAUUCUCUUCCACCCAGGACACGGUGAUUGGACUGCAGGCCCUGACGAAAUUUGCCUACAAAACGGGUUCUGGAUCAGGCUCCAUGGAUAUUGAGUUUGCCCCUGCGGGUGGAUCAAAGGACACGAUUAAGGUCAACCCUGAGAACUCACUGGUGUUGCAGACCCACGUCCUGCCUAAGGACACUCGCAAACUGGACUUUACGGCCAAGGGCACUGGAUCUGCGAUGGUCCAGCUGUCCUACCGCUACAACCUGGCUGAGAAGGACAAGAAGCCCAGCUUUAAGGUCACCCCGACGGUCAAGGACUCAUCGUCCAACCAGCUGCUGGUGGUGGACAUCUGCGCCGAGUACGUGCCCUUGGAUGAGGCCGACAAGGAGAAGGACUCCAACAUGGCUGUCAUGGAGAUCGCCCUGCCCUCCGGGUUCGUUGGAGACGCCAACAGCUUGGAGAAAAUCGAGGCUGUGGACCGGGUGAAGCGCGUCGAGACCAAGAACUCCGACUCCACGGUGAUUGUCUACUUCGACAGCCUGACCCCCGGAGAUGUCCGGUGCCUGCCGGUGGAGGCCACCAAGGCUCAUGCGGUGGCCAAGCAGAAGCCAGCCUCUGUUUCCCUGUACGACUACUACGAUACAGAGCGCAAGGCCACCGAAUACUACACGGUGCAGUCGUCCCUCUGCGACAUCUGCGAGGGCACCGAUUGCGGAGAGGGUUGCAAGAAGGCCUAACGGCUGGAGUGGGACGAACUUUACUGAUUUCCACCCAUAAUAGUUCCAAGCUUUGUAAUCUUUGUAAUAAAUGGACUAAUAAAGUGCACAUUCCAAUUCCUUUGAA